GUAUUUCGUCCCCCUCGUUCUCUGUGUUGUUGUCCUCGGUGACGCGACGGAGGUGUAGCCUGACGCGGUCUCUUACGUGUCGGACUAAAUAAAAGUGGAGCUCCGGAGGCCUGGGAGUGACGAGGCGAGUCUGUGUCGGGCUAUCUAGAUGACCAUGGAGGCAGGAUCAGAUGUCCAGCAGGGCGGCGACACUGCAGUCUCAGAGACAGACACUCAGCAGAUCGCCACCUUGGCACAAGUUUCCAUGGCAGCAGCUCAGGCAUCAGCUACUGCACCCACAGUGACCUUAGUUCAGCUGCCCAAUGGGCAAACAGUGCAAGUUCACGGGGUCAUCCAGGCAGCCCAGCCCUCCGUCAUCCAAUCUCCACAAGUGCAAACUGUACAAAUUUCUACUAUUGCGGAGAGUGAUGAUUCUCAGGAGUCGGUGGACAGUGUGACAGAUUCUCAGAAAAGGAGAGAGAUUCUGUCCAGACGACCUUCAUACAGAAAGAUCCUGAAUGACCUUUCAUCUGAUGCUCCAGCGGUGCCACGGAUAGAAGAAGAGAAAUCAGAGGAGGACUCCACUCCAGCCAUAACAACUGUUACUGUGCCAACGCCCAUUUAUCAGACAAGUAGCGGGCAGUACAUUGCUAUCACUCAGGGUGGGGCGAUCCAAUUAGCCAAUAACGGGACAGAUGGAGUGCAGGGGCUGCAGACACUAACCAUGACGAACGCUGCAGGAGCUCAGCCCGGCACCACCAUUCUGCAGUAUGCACAGACCAGUGACGGCCAGCAGAUACUCGUGCCCAGCAAUCAAGUGGUGGUGCAAGCGGCAUCGGGAGACGUUCAGGCGUAUCAGAUCCGCACUGCAGCAGCGAGCACCAUUGCUCCAGGGGUGGUCAUGGCCUCUUCUCCAGCACUGCCCAGUCAGGGAGCUGAGGAAGCCACACGCAAGCGGGAAGUUCGGCUGAUGAAGAACAGGGAGGCAGCACGGGAGUGCCGCAGAAAAAAGAAAGAGUAUGUGAAAUGUCUGGAAAACAGAGUGGCUGUGUUGGAGAAUCAGAACAAAACGCUCAUCGAGGAGCUCAAAGCGCUUAAGGACCUUUACUGUCACAAAUCUGAAUAAGUGCGCUCACGUAAAACUUGCUGAACGGAUCUCUUCUGGUGCCUCAAGAGACAGAGACUCUAAACAAACCCACAGGCACCUGCACAGCAGCUCUGUCUCUUCUCAUUUCAAUUUAUUUUCCUUUUUUAAAAAAAAACAAAACAAAACUAAAUAUUAUCUUCUGUAAAAAAAAAAAAUCCAGUUAUCAGGAAUACAUUGUAAGUUUGUAAGUGUAAACUUUUUUUAUUUUGCUUUUCUCUUCAGAAGAAAGAGAGUCGGUUUCUCUGAGACAGAAAAAAAAAUUGACACGCAGGGUACAGUUUCGCUAUCAAACACGUUGCCCUACUUAAGGAGCGUGGAGAACCAUAAAGAGCACCUUUCCACUGCAGCAGUGACAGGGAACGAAUGUUUGUGUGGGUUUAUCAUGGAAACAGCCCCGGGUGCUGCUCCUGUCAUCUGAAAGACUUUGCCACACUGCGCCAGUCGCUGAUGGCUCUGCCUGCCAGCAUGAUUAAAGAGGGAUGGAGAUUUUCACUUUUGCAGCAUGAGUCUUUAACGAUCCAAAUUAAAUCAGCUGUGCCCAUUCCUGUUGUUUUACCGCUUCUGUUACUAAUACAUAUAGUCAUAUUUUUUGUUCUUCAAAAGACAUGCAGUAGAAUUUUAUAUUUAAAUGUCUCUGCUGUGACACAGACUGAUGUGUAAUGCACCGUUGUCUACUUUAUUUUUUUUUUUGUUAAGCAGUAUUGCUUUUGUUACAAAAUUAAGUGCUAACAGGAAACACUUUUCACAUUUGUUAACAGAAAUAUAGGUGGAUCCUUUAAGAUGUGGAAUGAUGAUGUUUGGAAAGAAGUGUUGUAAAGUAAAUGAAAUAUAUAAUGUGAUUUUCACGAGUGAGCGUUUGAUAGCCCAUAAUCAGAAAAUCAUUUUUAAAAAAGAAAACUUGUUAUAAGUGUGCUUAUAUUGUAAUAUAUUGGAUUUUUCCUCAUCUAUGCCAGACUUUAAUGGUCAUACUGGUGCCAUCUACACUAAUCAGAGAUCAAUUUCCUUAUUAUAUUGGGCUAAUAUUUUGAUAUACAGACACUGAUGUCUGAUUGGUGGAAAAUUAUUCUUUUUUUUUUGUUCCCCAUUGCAAUGAAAAUGCUGUUGUUAUUUUGUUCUGUCUUUUGCCACAACAUCCACAGCAAGAUGACGUGCAUGUUAUUUGAUUUUUAUUUUUUAUUAUGUAUUGUACUUUUAAGAUAUGUUGCUCAACUUGUAACCUAAAUCAGUUAACAUUAUGGUGCAGUCUUUCAUCAACAAAUAUAUAUUUGGCAGCUGUUUGUAAGCAAAUGUUUUCAGUUACUUUUAUUUUCUUUUUCAGUUUAUCACUUUUUAAUGUUUGAGAAGAUAGGGCAGGGUUGCUCAGUUCAAGUCAUUUUCGGUCAGAUAGUUUGUUAGAGAAAUGGAAUCUUAAUAUUUACAGGGAAAAAAAGGAGUUUGUCAUGUUUGGUAAUUUAAAUAAGCGAAUAAGCGAAAACUUGAUAGUUCAUAUUGAUAAUCAGUAUGUAUGUGAAUGAGAGUGUAUGGCUGUUUUAUAGUGAUGGGUUGCAGCUGGAAGGGCACCCGCUGCGUAAAACAAAUGCUGGAUAAUUUGGUGGUUCAUUCCGCUGUGGCGACCCCAGAUAAAUAAAGGGACUAAGCUGAAAAGAAAUGAAUGGAUCAGUAUUGAUAAUCAUCUAAACCUGCCUACUACAACAACCCCUACUGUCUAUAAGGAUUCUAUUGAAAAGAUUAUUCUUAGAAAUAUUAUAAGAGACAUUCACAAAUGCUUAUCUUGAAUUGUUUGUUUUAUUUUUGUUUCAUGCUUUCACACAAACAUAUUAAGCAGCACUACAAAAUUAAUAAGACAAAUGUCACUGUCACCUCACAGCGAGAAGGUCCCGGCUGGGCCAUUUGGUGUUUGUGUAGAGUUUGAAUGUUCUCCCCGUGUUCGUGUGGGUUUCCUCUGGGUGCUCCGAUUUCCCCCAGUUCAAAGACAUGUGCUAUAGAUGAAUUGAAUAAACUAAAUUAGCCGUAGUGUAUGUGUGUGAAUGUAAAAGUGUAUGGGUGUUUCCCAGUGUUGGGUUGCACCUGGAAGGGCAUUCGGUGCAUGAAAUUUAUUUGCCGGAUAGGUUGGCGGUUCAUUCCGCUUUGGCAACCCCUGAUUAGUAAAGGGACUAAGCUGAAAAGAAAUUAAUCAAUGAAAUUGGCCAGUGUAUGAGUGUGGUUGUGAGAGUGUGGGUGUUUCCCAGUACUGGGUUGCAGCUGGAAGGACAUCCGCUGCAUAAAACAUAUGCUGGAUAAGUUGGCAGUUCAUUCUGCUGUGGCGACCCCUGAUGAAUAAAUGGACUAAGCUGAAGAAAAAUAAAGGAAAUUAGCAUAUUAUAAUGAUUUCUGAAAGGGAUAGUUCACCUAUGUGUGAACCCGUUUGAGUUUUUUUCGUCAGAUGAUCCAACAGAAGAUACUGAAGUUGAAUAAACAGCCAUUCCAUAGUAUUCCCCCCUGCUAUGGAUGUCAGUGGCUGUUUUUUUUUUUCUCAACAUUGUUCAGAAUAUCUUAUUUAGUGUUCAACAGAAGAAAGAACUCUAGGAAACUUACUCCACUUGAGUGUGAGUAAAUGACGAGGAAAUAAUGAUUCUGCAAAUUCUGUUUAUUUUGUCUUCCCUUACCUCAACCCUUCUAAAAUCAACCCACACAGAAAAAAAAAUAUUCAGCAUUUUUACAUUUUUAAAAUACUUAAAUCUAUUUUCUCAUCUGGACCUAAACAUGUUCAUAACAAUUUUUCAUAACAGUCUCAAGACAAAAUUGAGUGUUGACUACUGCAGGGGAGAGGUUGCAACACAUUGCAUUUCCUUCAAUUUUUUCCAAGAUGGGAAACUCAAAAAUGUAAUAUAAUAAACCAAAAUCCAUUGGUUACCCACCCACAUGGCUAUAAUAUGUGUAGCCUAUAUGAAAAUUUUUACUUGAACAGACAGGUUGUCAAGCAGGCAGGGGACAGUUGAAACAUUUAUUAAAAUGUAAUAAAACA